AUGACUUGCUGUCUGCUGUACCAUGGUGAUGUGGUUCCCAAAGAUGUCAAUGCUGCCGUUGGUACCAUCAAGACCAAGCGCAGCAUCCAGUUUGUGGACUGGUGCCCCACCGGCUUCAAGGUUGGCAUUAAUUACCAGCCUCCCACUGUGGUACCUGGUGGUGACUUGGCCAGGGUCCAGAGAGCUGUGUGCAUGCUGAGCAACACCACGGCCAUUGCCGAGGCCUGGGCUCGCCUAGAUCACAAGUUUGAUUUGAUGUAUGCCAAGCGUGCCUUUGUGCACUGGUAUGUAGGUGAGGGCAUGGAAGAGGGUGAGUUCUGA